AUGUCCGCCCAACUUGUCAAGCUCAACUCGAUCCUCUUCGAUUCCAACGACACAAAGGUGCUCGGAUCGAAUUCUGACGUUAUUGGGGCCGAUUUCGACGUUGUCCCGAACCCUACAAUUCUCGACAAACUCAAGCUCCACCGUUCACACAUGGCAUCAUUUUUCGUGCGAAUCGACACGGGGGCGGUGUCGCUGACUCAGAAUGGAUUUGCUACAUCCGUUGCUCCCUGUGACCUGCACUUGGAUGCGGCCGGAAAGAAGGAAGUCCGAGUCAAGGGCCCUCAAUCACCCGAGUUCGUGCCAUACACGUUUGACAGCCCCUUGUUGGCAGCUGAAUUUGUCGGCGCCAUCCAUCUUAACCAACACAUUCACGCCCUUCGAAACAAAGUAUGUGUGUGUGCAUGCCCGGCCCACGACAUGGUUCUGCUCGAGCACGUCACGAAUACUGUUUGGUACGCGGACCAAAUGUGGACCCUUGCCUUGUGGAACCACUUAUUUCCGUACUCCAACAUGCUGGAAUUGCUGGAAUCCGCCGGUGGACUGCUACGACAUGGCCAUGCUCACGAUGCCAAAGUCAUCUUUGAAGACCUGCACGACCAGUUCUUCUCUCAUGCUGCGGUGAACAAAAUGGGCACCAGUGAUGGCCAAAAGUAUUAUCGCCCAUCACAGAUUGCGCUGUUCGUAGCCAAAUUGAGGGCAUUAUGUGUACAUUGCGCCAACUACACUAACUUUAAGUGACUGCGUACUUGCCCUUGA